UACCUCUUAUCUGCACAAUGGGAGCUAAAGUGCCCAGAAAUUUCAGACUGCUCGAAGAGCUGGAGAAGGGUGAGAAGGGCUUGGGAGCUGAGUCAUGCUCCUAUGGUCUUGCAGAUGGUGAAGACAUGAUGAUGAGUAACUGGAACGGCACUAUUCUUGGCCCCCCUCACAGUGUCCACGAGAACAGAAUUUACAGCGUCAACAUCCAUUGCGGUCCGGACUACCCUGACAACCCCCCUACUAUUCAGUUUGUAUCCCGAGUCAACUUGCCAUGCGUUGAUGGCCGGAGCGGAAAGGUCGAUCCUACCAAGCUGCCUUGCUUGGCUCAGUGGAAGCGCGAGUAUACCAUGGAAACUAUUCUAGUCGAGCUCAGAAGAUAUAUGGCUCUGCCCCAGCACAAGAAGCUUCCGCAGCCUCCGGAAGGCUCGAACUUCUAGAAUAACGGUAUCAUGACUGGUUGAUGGAUUCGAAAGCGGAGUAUAUGGUUGGUUUCUAAGUCAGGUUCAUCUGCAUUUCUUUUCAAUGGCUUAUUAGAGCAUGUACAGUCUAUGCAUAACGGCGGGCAUGGCGCGGUCUUCUUUGAAGCCUAGUUGCAAUUCAUCGAUUUAGAACAUUGCUCAGUAUGAACCGUGUGUCGCUUUUGUGAAAGCCAUAUCUGCCGAACUAACAAGGCCUUGUACCCUUGUUUUUGGCGGGUGUUCGUUCAUAUCUGGACAGCUUGCAGAAGCGACCGUACCGGCGAAAGACAUUAGACCAUGAUCAGCAUAUAGAGGAAUAUCCGGGAAUCGGGUCCCUUCCGUCGCCUGUUGUAGAUUGGAUAACAGUAGAGUCUAUACAGCUGCACGGCACGCACUGCAAACUUCCGGUGCAAUCGAUUCAC